AUGCAGGCUCCUCCGCAGCCAGGGCAGAUGCCCUCACCCGAGCAGAUCGCUGCCAUGCAACGGCAACUUGCCAUCGAUGCCCAGAAGGCCGGCAUGAGCGUUCCCCAGUUCAUCGAGCACUUGAAGAAGCAAGCCAUGGAGCAGCAACAGAUGCGCAUGCAGCAGAUGCAACAACAACAGGCGGCGCAACAGGGACGUCCUGGGGGCCCGCCUGGCCAGCCCCAGCAGGGACAACCACAACCUAUCCAGCCUGGUCCUCCUAAUCCCGUUGCGUUGGCAGUCGCGCAGUUCUUGCGAGGUCAGAAUCUCAAGCCACGCACUGUCAUUCUCAAUGGAGAGCGCAAAGACAUGUUCAGAGUGAAACGUGCGCUACGAGCACUCGAGUCACCCGAUUACGCAAAAGCCCGCAAGAAGAACCCUGCCCUACCAGAAAUCACCGACCGGGCGUCUCUCGAAAACACAUUCAAGCUCCUCCCCCUUUCCAUGCUUGCCCUACGGGUGAAGAAGGUCGAUCCCCACGAGGGCCAUGACCACGCUCCUCCCAAGAAGGGGAAGCGUGUGAAGGGCCAGUGGACCGUUCGAAUCGAACCGCAACAGGAUGCCCAGGAUGACAUGUAUUACGUGUGGCUCUGGGAGGGUAGCCAGGUCAUGCGCAAGGUUUACGCUGCCCUGGCUCUUGUAGUUAUCUUCGCCAUUGUCCUAUACCCGCUCUGGCCCCUGAAGAUGCGGCAGGGCGUCUACUACCUCAGCUGGGGCUUCCUGAUACUUCUUGGACUGUUCUUCCUCAUGGCCAUCUUCCGUGUCAUUCUCUUCUGCAUCACUUACUUCGUCACUCCCCCUGGACUUUGGCUCUUCCCGAAUCUAUGGGAGGAUGUGUCUUUUGUCGAUUCAUUCAAACCCGUGUGGGCGUGGCAUGAGGUAAUUCGCGGCUCCAUUCUGAGACAGAUGCUCGAGUAUAGCUAA